GUCAUGAAGUUUCUCGUGUUUGUCCUGUUAGUAUCUCAGUGCUCGUCACUCACCAGUCAACAGUGUCACCACUGUGAACAAACAUCCUGCGACUGCUCGAGCCAAAACCUUCGAGAAGUCCCUGCAGCCGCUUCAAAACUCAUCACUGAGCUCGAUCUCUCUUUAAACGCACUGGAGACGAUAAUGAAAGAUGACUUUCUUUCAUAUGCCGCUUUGAGGGCUUUGUUCAAAGUCCUUCUGCAUCGCAUAAACCUAAACAGCUUGGAUGUCAUCGUCUUCAAAAACAUUGAUAUUUAUUCAUUCUACAGUUUUCCUGCCCUGAAUUUCAUAAACAGUAUGAUGAAACUAGUAAGAAGGGCAUCUAUGAUAAACACUAAGUUGUUUGCCAUUCCUUGUCAAUCCAUUAUUCAUUUCACAAACCUGGAGUUUUUGGACAUCAGUGACAACAUAAUCAGUGAUUUGACACUUAUGGAAAUGAUGUGUUAUGGCAUUGGUGUCCUUCUAAAGCUCCGCACACUCAACAUCAGCAAAAAUAUUUUGUCUUCAAUCAACAGCGAACUCUUCACUAAACUAGAAAAGCUGGAAAACCUCGACAUGAGUGGAAACUCAUUUGGCAGCAUGCCUUUGACUUGUUCCUGGCCAGCAAGUCUCAAGUUCUUAAACCUUUCGUCAACUUCUCUUCCUGAGGUGACAUCCUGCCUACCACAGAGCCUACAGAUCCUUGAUUUAUCCAGAAAUAAACUGACUGUCUUUAACAUUGAAUUGCCGCUUCUCAAAGAGCUGUACAUCUCUGGCAACAAGCUUGGAAAUCUCCCUGACGGGCAUUUAUACCUCAGCCUCGCAGUUCUCUCCAUUCAAGACAACAACUUGGCCAAAUUCAGCAGUAAAAACCUGCAUGAUUACCAGAGCCUGAAGGUCCUGGAAGCUGCUGGCAACCCUUACGUGUGUUCAUGUGACUUUGUAGGUUUCGUGACAAAUGACUUGAUGAACCACAAAACUGUAGUUAGAGGCGACUUAAAGUCUUACACCUGUGACUCUCCCGAUGCAGUGAGGGGGGAGAGAGUAUCAGACGUGAAGCCAUCAGUGUUUGAGUGCCACACAGCUUUAUCGAUUUCUUUGCUCUGCUUAGGCAUCCUGGUGCUGUGUGUGCUCAUUGCAGGUCUGUGUUAUAAGUUCAGCGUUGUGUGGUACAUGAAGAUGACCUGGGCAUGGCUAAAAGCAAAGAGAAAGCCAAAGUUGAAGAAGGGAGUGCUCCAGUACGAUGCCUUUGUGUCCUACAGUGAAAUGGACUCAGGCUGGGUGGAGGCGCACCUGAUCCCGGCCCUGGAGCAGUCGGAACCGCCCCUCCGACUCUGCCUCCACAAGAGAGACUUUGUUCCUGGAGGAUGGAUCGUAGACAACAUCAUGGACGCUAUAGAGAAGAGUCACAGAACGCUCUUCGUCCUCUCCCAGAACUUUGUCAGAAGCGAGUGGUGCAAGUACGAGCUUGACUACACCCAUUUUAGAUUGUUUGAUCAAAACGAUGACGCAGUUGUGCUGAUUCUACUGGAGCCCAUUGACAAAAAUAACAUCCCCAAAAAGUUCAUCAGGCUGCGGAAAGUGAUGAACUCCAGGACGUACCUGGAGUGGCCUGAUGAUGAAGAUCAGAUCCCAGCGUUCUGGCAAAGUCUGAGAACAGCGAUCGAAACACCUGAAAUUGACGAUACAAACAAUCUAUAA